AUGGUGCGGCUUCUGUCACUUUUGCUGGGGCUCUGGGCAUCCUCCGGAUACUUGUUCCCACCAGGAGACGGCCAGGAGGUGGCCGCUGUCACGGUGACGUACCAGGUAUCCGAGGAGGUGCCAUCUGGGACGGUGAUCGGGAUGCUCUCGCAGGCCGGGGGCCGGGCCGGGAGCAGUGGGCCUGCAGGGGGCCCUUUCCAGCUCCUCCGGCUGCCUCGGGAGCUACCCGUGCAGGUAGACCCCGCGGACGGGCUGCUGAGCACAGCCAGGCGGCUGGACCGCGAGCAGCUGUGCCGGCAGCGUGAGCCCUGCCUGCUGGCUUUCGACGUGCUGGCCACGGGUGACCUGGCUCUGCUCCACGUGGAGAUCCAGGUGCUGGACAUCAAUGACCACGAGCCUCGGUUUCCCAAAGGUGAGCAGGAGCUGGAGAUCUCUGAGAGUGCCUCGGUGCACACCCGGAUACCCCUGGACAGGGCCCUGGACCCCGACACGGGCUCCAACACCCUGCACACCUACACGCUGUCUCCCAGCGAGCACUUUACCCUGGAUGUCAUCGUGGGCCCUGAUGAGACCAAACACGCAGAGCUAGUGGUGGUGAAGGAGCUGGACCGGGAACUCCACUCCUCCUUCCAUCUGGUCUUGACUGCCUAUGACAAUGGGGACCCCCCCAAGUCCGGCACCACCUUGGUCAAGGUUAACGUCUUGGACUCCAACGACAACAGCCCGGUGUUUGCAGAGAGCUCGCUGGCGCUGGAGAUCCAGGAAGACGCUGCCCCCGGGACUCUCCUCCUGAACCUGACCGCCACGGACCCUGACCAGGGCCCCAACGGGGAGGUGGAGUUCUUCCUGAGUAGACAUGUGCCCCCUGAGGUGACCGACACCUUCAGCAUCGAUGCGAAGACAGGGCAGGUGCUUCUGCGGCGGCCCCUGGACUACGAGAGGAUCCCCGCUUACGAGGUGGACGUCCAGGCCAGGGAUCUGGGUCCCAACCCCAUCCCAGCCCACUGCAAGAUUCUCAUUAAAGUGCUGGACGUCAACGACAAUGCCCCAAGCAUCCACAUCACGUGGGCAUCCCAGCCGGCGCUGGUGUCCGAAGCGCUGCCCAAGGACAGUUUCGUGGCACUCGUUACAGCGAAUGACCCCGACUCAGGAAAUAACGGGCGGGUGCAUUGUUGGCUGAGCCAGACACUGGGCCACUUCCGGCUGAAGAGGACCAAUGGCAACACAUACAUGCUGCUCACCAACGCUACGCUGGACCGGGAGCAGUGGCCCUCGUACACCCUGGCGGUGCUGGCCCAGGACCAGGGAACCCGGCCCUUAGGGGCCGAGACGCAGCUGCACAUCCAGAUAGCUGACACCAACGACAAUGCACCUGUGUUCGAGCAGAGCCACUACGAGGUUUCCACGCGGGAGAACAACCCCCCGUCGCUGCACCUGCUCACCGUCAGGGCGCACGACGCAGACCUGGGGGCCAAUGGCCAAGUCUCCUACUGCCUCGAGGAGUCCCCGGUCUCUCGCUGGGUGGCUAUCGACUCGGUCACGGGUGAGGUGACGGCUCAGAGGUCCUGGGACUACGAGCAGAUGACAGGCUUUGAGUUCCGGGUGAUGGCGGAAGACAGGGGACAGCCCCCACUGGCAUCCAGCGUCUCUGUGUGGGUCAGCCUGCUGGAUGCCAACGAUAACGCCCCGGAGGUGAUCCAGCCCCUGCUCAGCAACGGGAGAGCCAGCCUGUCCGUGCUGGUCAACGCCUCCACUGGCCACCUCCUGGUGCCCGUCGAGAUCCCCAGUGGCCGGAGCCCCGGGGGUGCAGAGACACCGGCCCUGGCCACCCCCAGCUCCCGGCCUUUCCCGCUGGUGACAAUCAUAGCCCGGGAUGCAGACUCGGGGCCCAAUGCUGAGCUGGUCUACAGCAUCCGUGGCGGGAACGAAGGUCAGCUCUUUGCGCUCAGCCCGCACUUGGGGCAGCUGUCCGUCAACAUCACCAAUGCCAGCGGCCUCCUGGGGAGCGAGUGGGAGCUGGACAUCGUGGUGGAAGACCAGGGCACCCCCUCCCUGCAGAGCCGAGCCCUGCUGAGCGUCUCGUUCGUCAGCAGUGUGGACCACCUGAGGGACUCAGCCCAGGACACGGGGGCUCUGAGCCCCUCGGUGCUGACGGCCAUCUGCCUGCUGGUUCUGCUGGCUGUCUUCGGGCUGACCUUGGCGCUCAUCGUGUCCAGGCGCCAGAGCGAGAAGAAGGAUAAUCGGGCCUACAACUGCCGGGAAGCCGAGUCGACCUACCGCCAGCAGCCCAAGAGACCCCAGAAACACAUCCAGAAAACGGACAUCCACCUGGUGCCCGUGCUUCGGGGUCAGGCGGAGGAGCCGGAGGGCGGUGGGCUGCCCCCCAAGGACGUGGGCAAGGAGGUGAUGGCAGAAGCAGGCUGGGACCCCGCCUUGCCGGCCCCCUACCCCCUCACGCCCACCCUGUACCGCACCCUGCGUAACCAAGGCAACCAGGGAGCACUGGCUGAGAGCCGGCAGGAGCUGCCAGACACCGUCAACCUCUUCUUCAACCACCCCCGGCAGAGAAACGCCUCCAGGGAGAACUUGACGCUGCCCGAGCCCCCGCCGGUCACAGGCCAGCCUGGCUCCAAGUCCCCAAGGGUGGCAGGCAGCGCCCCCCAGAGGCCGCCUGGAACCCCGAGCGGCCCCCAGGCCCUGCCAAGCUCAUCUCCCUCCUCAGCCACCCUGAGGCGGCAGAGGAAUCUCCACGGCAGAGUGGCCCCCGAAAAGGAGUCGGGACCUCGGCAGAUCCUACGGAGCCUCGUCCGGCUGUCCGUGGCCGCCUUUGCAGAGAAGAACCCCAUGGAUGAGCUGACCGUGGAGUCCCCUCCUGUCCAGCAAAUCUCCCAGCUGCUGUCCUUGCUGCACCAGGGACAAUUCCAGCCCAAGCCCAACCACCGGGGAAAUAAAUACUCAGCCAAGCCAGGCUGCAGGAGCGCAGGCCCAGAAACCGACAGUCCGGGCCCCAGGGCUGGGGGCCAGGCAGAGGCUGACCACGAGGAAGGGUCCUUGGACCCUGAAGAGGACCUCUCUGUGAAGCAGCUGCUGGAAGAAGAGCUCUCGAGCCUGCUGGACCCCCACACAGGCCUUUCCCUGGACCGGCUCAGCACGCCUGACCCGGCGUGGAUGGCCAGGCUCUCCUUACCCCUGGCCACCAACUACCGGGACAACGUGUGCUCGGCCGAUGCGGCGGCCUCCGAGGAGCCCAGAACCUUCCAGACGUUCGGCAAGGCGGCAGGGCCAGAACUGAGCGCGGCCGGCACGCGGCUGGCCAGCACCUUCCUGUCGGAGAUGAGCUCGCUCUUGGAACUGCUGCUGGAGCGGCCCAGUGUGCCCGUGGAGGCCGCGUCCGAGGUGCUGCGGCGGCUUUCAGUCUGCGGGAGGACCCUCAGCCUGGACCUGGCCACCAGCGGGGCCUCAGGCGCAGAAGUCCAGGGCGACCCCGCUUUUAGGAAGGGGACCGAGGGCAGGACCAGCGGCAGCAGAGGCCUGUGGAUGGCAGAACCAGGCGCCUGGGGAGAAGGCACACCGCCAGGCCCUGAGCAUCCUGGCCCCCUAGCUGGUUGCUUGAACCUCUGAACUCAUGGACCACAAGUGAGCUGAGAACGUGGCAGAGGCUGAUGGUGGAAAUGGGGGUUCAGCCCUCAUGACUUUCUGACCAAGGCAGCAGUCCCUUGCUCGGGGCUGGCUCUGCCUGUGAAUUUUCCCCAAGAUGGAAACCGUUGGGGGCUGAGAGACAUAUCUGCGGCAGUACACACGAGGGUGUGAGUGUGUCCUUGGCGUUGCGCACGCCCAGGGGAGGACGGCCUGGCUGCAGGGA